AUGUGUAAAACUAACGAAUGCAGUGUACUGGAGCGGCGGAUUGGUUUGGCUAAUGCUGGAACACCUGUAGCAGUACGAGAACUUUCUGUACUAUCACAAGCUGAUAGAACUAAAGAACGUGAGCGUGAAUUUGAGGUUUGA